UGUUUCAUCUCAUUCGCCAGUCGUCCGGGCUUCCCUUAACAUCCUUCAUCCUCCAUUCAAGUUUAUGUGUUUAGCGGAAUAAUUAGCCAUGAUAAGGUGGUUCAUGUUGAUGUUAUUGACGACCUGGACGGAUGCCUGGCAUGCCCAAUCACAGUGGGAUAAAGAUUGUGUUGUCUACCUCCGAGAAUCCAGUCAUUAUGACAAAAGCCUCGAAACAAGGCGGAAAGAAAAGUCGUCAUGCAUCACGAUCGAGGACGUGAACGCGGCGUGGUGGUCGGCCUGCGACAAGAUCGGCGUCAGGCGCAAGGCCGAGGAUGCUAAUCCAGACGACAUCGCUCAGGUUGGAGAAGCUCUUCAAGAAACCGCCAGGCUCCUCGUCCGAUGGUUCCACCUGAAGCCGGACGAGAUCCCGUUGCUGCAGCAGAUCGACACGACCCAGACGCACAUCCGCGAGGUCUGUCCGACGGUGGUGAACACGACCCGGCUCUACUGCACUCCCACCCGCUACCGGAGAUUGGACGGUGCCUGUAACAACAUCCGCUACCCACUCAGGGGCGCUGCUCUCCUCCCCUUCAAGCGCCUCCUCCCCGCCCAAUACGCCGACGGCAUCAGCGAACCCCGCAAAGGACACAUCGAGAAAUUCUCGCUGCCAAAUGCGCGAACCGUCUCCGCUCAGGUGCACAAAGACGUGCAGAAGCCCACUUACCGUGACGUCAAUUUUAUGUUCGCCGCGUGGGGACAGCUCAUCGAUCAUGACCUGACGUUGACGGCUGAAACUAAAGACCCUGUAUCCCGUCGAGACAUUGAGUGCUGCCACGGUGCGAAGCACGCCAACUGCAUGCCGAUCGAGCUCCCGCCUGAGGAUGAGUUCUACAGGAGCCAUUCGCAGUCCUGCGUCAACUUUGUCCGUUCUCUCGCUGGUGUCCGUCCUGACUGCCGACUUGGAUACCGGGUCCAAACCAAUGCUUUGACUUCCUACAUCGAUGCUAACUUUGUCUACGGUUCAAACGAGAAAAUUGGAUCAUUGCUGCGAGAGUUCAAAGAGGGAAAAUUGAGGACGAUGCCAAUUUACGAGGGACUCAAACCUAUUUUGCCCCUGAAGAAAUUCCAACCCGACGAUGGCUGCAUUCGACCUCACAGAGAUUUGUUCUGCUUCCUUGCUGGUGACAACCGCGUGAAUGAACAACUGGCUCUGACCAUGCUCCACACAGUAAUGCUGCGGGAACAUAAUCGCAUCGCCGACCAGUUAUGCAAACUCAAUCCGCAUUGGGACGAUGAAAAAAUCUACCAGGAGACCCGAGCAAUCGUUGCCGCUGAAGUGCAGCACAUUACUUACGCAGAAUUCUUGCCUCGACUGUUGGGCCGCGCCUCGAUCAUACAGAAUGGUCUAGGACUCCAAAAACAAGGUUAUUCGAAUAAAUACAACCCAACGAUUGAUCCCACAGUACCGGCUGUUUUUGGAGCAGCAGCCUUUAGAUUCGGACAUUCUCUCCUUCCGGAAACGAUGGAAAGAUGGAGCUCCUCUCACACAAAAAUUAGUGGUAGACCCUUAAAAGAAGUAUUCCAACAGCCGUACGACUUGAACAAACCCGGGUGGAUCGAUGAGUACAUCCUGGGAAUGCUGAAUCAAGCUGCUCAAGCUAUGGACCCGUUCGUCACAAAAGAGGUGACAAAUCAUUUGUUCCAAGAGCCUGCUCAUGACUACGGUAAAGAUCUGGCUUCCAUCAACAUAGAGAGGGCUAGAGAACAUGGUAUUCCUUCAUAUGCAGAGUACAGAAAGUGGUGUAACCUAUCAUCCGUGGAUACUUGGUCUGACAUGCAACUGGUUGUUGAUAAUAAUACAGUUAAAAUGUAUCGCAAGUUAUACAGAUUCCCGACAGAUGUCGAUCUUUGGUCUGCGGGUGUUGCCGAAAUACCUGAAGAUGGGAGUAUUGUUGGGCCCACUUUCAAUUGCAUCAUUGCUCGAACUUUCAAAGACCUUAAAGAAGGUGACAGAUUUUGGUACGAGAAUGGUGAAUACCCUAACAGCUUCACACCAAGUCAACUACAAGAAAUAAGGAAAGUUCGGCUGGCACGCUUGCUGUGCGACAACUCUGACAGUAUUGUUACCAUCCAGCCAGCAGCCAUGAAACUACCUCAUGAGGACGUGAACCGCCGUGUAUCUUGCAAGAGUGCAGUUAUUCCAAGCAUGGACUUGCGUCACUGGCAAGAAUAUCCGAAAAAGGAGCCUGAUUACUUAAACUACGAGCCAUAUAAACCAGAACCAUAUAAACCAGAGCACACUAAGCCUGAACCAUUUAAACCUGAACUUUUAAAUCCUGACUUGUUAAAACCCGAUUCACUCACACAAGAAUCUGUAAAACCAGACUCUAUCAUAAUCGAAGAUUCGGAGGGUUUAAAUCCUGUCGACUUUGAGAACGUUAAGAAUUUAGCUUACUCACUUGCCACUCAAAAGUCUCCAGUCCCUUGUGACCACUGAUUGAAACAUUACUGUUUUAUGAUUGAUACAGUCACACAAACAAGUUGUAUAUAUGCGUUGAGCUUGUGAAAAAUUAUAACAAGAAAGAUAUGAUAAGGUUCGUUCCCCUGUAUGUCAUACGUAGACAAAUUACCACUUGACAACUUGACUUUGGGGACUCUGACUGAGAUUUGCUUGGCUAUGCAUGAGAUGAUUCAGAAUUAAUUGUCAUUUUAAGUUCAGAAGAAAAAUUUAGGUAAAAUACUGGUCUUUUUGCAGAAUUGGGAGGAAUUCAACACGUGGAGAUGAAAAAAUACACUCCAAAAGGAUUUGAUGCUUUUUGAAUUGGUGUAUUUUAGCAGUUAAGUCAAUGCAUAAUUUAUUAUUUUUACUUUAUUUAAUUUAUUUAUUUAUUUAUUUGUAAAUACUCAUACGCAGCUUACUUGAAAUAAUUUAUUUUGUUCCAAAUAAUUAGUGAGAAAAGACACACACUGAAAAAACACUAUGGGUCUGAGGGGUUUAAGUCUGUUACCUUGCAAUCACACCUCUCAGAUUUGAAUGACUUGUUCAGUGAAAUGAAUUUAUGCUAUCAGAAACGGUGAUAUUGUAAUCCAAACACUAAGUGCAGAACUUGAGAAAAUUUUCUAAAAUUGAAAAAAGACAGAAGCUGGAACAGUUUCUGCCUUAAAUGAGGUUAUUUGUGAGGAGAUUCCGUCUUCCAAAACCUGGAAGUAGCAGGUAAUACAUUUGUACCUCUGGGACUUACAGUCUUCAUCAGUGCUUGUAGUUGUGUAAAUGAUGCUCUCACGAAAAGAAUACUAUCAGUUAAAAUUCAACAGCUAACAUGAUUGAAAAUGGAAUGCAAUCUUCAUUUUUCUACUCCUAAUAUAAAAAUGAAUGUGUGGUUGCAAUGCUAUUGCUUAAUGAGAAAAUAAACAGCAGGUGAGAGGGAAAGAGAGGACUAAACAAAGUUUCUGAGGUCAAAUCAUUCAUUUACCUGAUAUGAAUUUUUUUAAGGUAAUUAUUAUACCAAAGAUUUUUUAAUAUUUAUUUUUCAGUUGCUCUUCUUUUUUUAACAUUACUUGUUCUUGUUUGAUAACUUUUUUAAAUUUUUUUUUGUAUGUAUGUGUGUGUGUGUGUGUUUUGAGUAUAUUCUUUUAUGACAUUAUAUGUCAGAUAAAUAGAAUGCAAGUGAUGAAUAAAGACCAAAUAGUCGUUGCUUUGUUAAAUGAUGUGAAUAAAAAAAACUUUUUUAGAAAAUAUAA